AUGGCUGACGCUUGCAAUAACAGACUCUCUUGCACUACAAAGAAAAUUGAGUCCGGGGACAUAGGACCAGAUAUUUCAGGAGAUCCGUACAGCGUUUCAGUGUUGAAAGUUGGCUACUGCUCUCCACAACCAGAUGGCUCCACACGGGCCGACGGAAGCAUCUCUUUACUAACCGGGCCCAAAGUUAUUCUGGUGGAUACAGGAGGACCGUGGGACCAAGACUUUCUCCUCUCAAAACUGAAAGAAAAGGGUCUGAGUCCAACUGAUGUAACCAUAGUGAUCGGUACCCACGGACACUCCGACCACGUGGGUAACUUGGGAAUGUUUCCACAUGCAACAAUUGUUGUGGGAAGUGACAUAAGCGAAGGGGAUCGAUACCUCCCCAAUCGACUGACUGAGGGACAACCAUACCCAAUUGACAACAAUGUGUCUAUAGUGCCCACUCCAGGCCACACAGGUCGAGACGUUAGUGUGCUGGUGAAGGGAACGUCAGCAGGAACAGUGCUAGUUGCUGGGGACUUGUUUGAGUGUUGCAAUGAUGAAGACUCCUGGAGGGAGCUGAGUGAGAACCCAGAGGUGCAGGAGGUCAGCCGGCAGGAGGCGUUACGGACCGCUGAUGUCAUCAUACCAGGACACGGACCUCUGUUCAGAGUAUACAGGGAACCAAUUGACUGA